UGCCGCCAUUUCGCGGGGAGGAGGGACCCGCCGUCAGGGGUGCGCGCCCGCCGCCGAGCUCCGGAGCCCGCCUCGACCCUCAGGAGCCGCGGGCAGGAAGAGGCGCACAGCGCUCCCGAGGCGGCGGCGCCCGCAGGCAACCCCAGAACCUUCCCUCCCUUCCCUGCCCCGCCCGUUCCCCCUUGGCCCCUCCUUUCGGCCCUCGGCCCCGCCCCCUGGAGCCGUUGGCGGCGGCGUGCCGGGCCCGGCCCCGCCUCCCUCCCUCCCGCGGCGUCCGGGCCUGGCCAGCGGCGGCAGCGCGGGGCUCUCUCGCCCUUCCUCUCUCGCUCUCCCCUGGGCGGGCGGCGCCUCUCGGCUCUUCCCGCACCUCGCACCCUCUCCCGGCCGUGACGGGCGGCGGCGGGCGGAGCGCUCUCCCGGCAGCCUCACGGCCCCGCUGCCCGCAGGCAGGCAGGACUUCGGGCGGCCGGCCGGUCGGGCGCCCCCCCGGCUGUUUCCGGAGGAAGGAGAAGAGCAGCUGCCCCCUCCCCCCUCUCCGCCUUCCUCCCCGUUCUCCUCCUCCUCCUUCUCCUCCUCCUCCUCCCUCCCGGCCCCCCGAGCGGAGCGCGCAGUCACCCCGGCGCGUAGACGGGCCCGGCACUCGCACACACACAAUGGCGCUGAAACGCAUCAACAAGGAGCUUAGUGACUUAGCCCGUGAUCCUCCAGCACAGUGUUCAGCAGGUCCCGUUGGAGAUGACAUGUUUCAUUGGCAAGCCACAAUUAUGGGACCUAACGACAGUCCAUAUCAGGGUGGUGUAUUCUUCUUGACAAUUCACUUUCCCACAGACUACCCAUUCAAACCACCUAAGGUUGCAUUUACAACAAGAAUCUAUCAUCCAAAUAUUAACAGUAAUGGCAGCAUUUGUCUUGAUAUUCUAAGAUCACAGUGGUCUCCUGCUUUAACUAUUUCUAAAGUUCUCCUAUCCAUUUGUUCACUGUUAUGUGAUCCAAAUCCAGAUGACCCACUAGUGCCAGAGAUUGCACGUAUCUAUAAAACAGACAGAGACAAGUACAACAGAAUAUCUCGGGAAUGGACUCAGAAGUAUGCCAUGUGAUGCUACCUUAAAGUCAGAAUAACCUGCAUUAUAGCUGGAAUAAACUUUAAAUUACUGUUCCUUUUUUGAUUUUCUUAUCCGGCUGCUCCCCUAUCAGACCUCAUCUUUUUUAUUUUUUUGUUUACCUCCUUCCAUUCAUGCACAUGCUCAUCUGAGAAGACAUUAGUUCUUCCAGCUUUGGACAAUAACUGCUUUUAGAAUCUGUAAAGUAGUUACACAAGAACAAUUGCCCAAGAUUCAGAAUUUUUUUUAAUGGAGCAUGUGUAUUAUGUGGCCAAUGUCUUCAUUCUAACUUGGUUAUGAGAUUAAAAACAAACAAACAUUCCUCACUGCUCUAACAGAUACCGAAGAUACUACCUGAAGGGGGGAGGGGAGAUGGAUGUUCAAUUUUCUCCCAUCAAAGAAAUAACAUUUCUGUAGCAACAUCCAUCUUGUUCCAAACUUUCCAGUGUUAGAGAACUGAGGUUUUAUUAUAUACUUUUGCUCAUAACUGACGUGUCUGGAGAAUUGGUACUGAAUCUAUAGCAUCAGCAGAACAGAAAAUGUGAUGUAUCUUAUGCAUGUCAAUAAAGGAAUGACCAGUUCUUGUUUUACAGAGAAUGGAAAUUGGAAGUCAAACAUCCCUUGUAUUCCAAAAUAGGGUUUAAGAACAUUUUUGUAAUUCAUUUAAAUUUUGUUAGGAGGCUUGGAGCUAUUAGUUAAUCUGUCUUCCAAAACACUGUUUAAUAUAGCACUGAAUAAAUGAUGCAAGUUGUCAAUGGAUGAGUGAUCAACUAAUAGCUCUACUAGUAAUUGAUUUAUUUUCUUCAAUAAAGUUGCAUAAACCAAUGA